AAGAUGUGUAUCAAACCUGAUUUCCCACUAGCAUUUUACGGAUCACUUUGAAUAAUUGCCACAAAACUUAAUUAAAACAAAUCAUUCGUAAAAUGGUUUGAUACUGGGUUAAAUUCAGAGUUAAUUAUUAUUAAUAUUUCAUUAGUCGUCUUAAAACUUAAACCAUUUUUUUCAUUUCAUCCAACAAUAAUACAGUUUGAACAUGGUUAAAUCCAUGGGAAAUUACAUCUUGAUUUGGUUCUUUUUGGUUUCGAUUGUGCCGCUCAACUGUGAACCCGAUCAUUUGCAAUCUUGGAAAAACUUUUGGUCUAUUAGUGAUUCAGCUUUUAGAAAAUUAGGAAAUUACUUCGACAAUCAGUUAACACCGUUAAUCAAAUCGGAAUCUAUUUCAAGUUCUUGCCAAGGAUCGUUGUUGAAAUUCAUCGAUGGAAUUAAAAAUUUCGAUAUCGACAGUGUUAGGAUGUUUGAUUCCUGGGGUAAACUACCAUCAGGGUUACUAUUUGGAUCUUGGAGUGACCUAGGGUCGUUUGAUCAAUGUGUGUCGCUGGAAAACAGUCAAUAUUGUUUACUCACUGGAUCUAUGCCGUUGCCUUCCAAGCGACAACAUGAAGGUUUAUUCAUUCCACUUGAUAAAUCAUCAUUCAAUUUAACCGACCCUCUAUCAGUUCAUCUGUAUCCGUAUGCCCAUUAUUUUCAUAAUGUUAACUUAACAUUUGGUGUUUGUGCCCCUCGUGAGUGUUCACCUCAGGAGAUGACUUUAAUAGCUAAGUCACUGAUUCAUUCAUAUGGUCUUCAGAUGAAAGUCAAUGUUGAUUUAUGUCAACAUCGAGCCAAAUCAGGGAAUCAAAUAUUAUUCCGUGAAUAUGUUGCUCUGAUAAUCAUUUCAACUGUGAUUGCCUUGAACAUAUUUGGAACCAUUUAUUCAACGCAUCCAUUUCUUGGCCAUUUUAAUUUCCCGCUGAACUGGAGCAAGCUUUUAUCGACUACCAACAAUCAGCCCAAUCGCUCUUAUCCUUUCAUAGAGUGUUUCAAAUUUUUUGCUAUGAUUUAUCUCAUAUUGACUCAUGUUGGAUGGGCUUUUAAUCACAACUCUUUCCAUUCGAUCUUCAAAAUUCAAUCAAUGUACAAGGGAAUUCUUGGUUACUCAUUAUUACCCUCUUACAUGGGCUCUGAAGUUUACUUUCUUAUGACCGGACUUGAAUUGAUGACCUUUUUCCUUUCAUUCAAGGGAAAGUUCACUUUCUCUUCAGCAAUCAGUUUUCUUUUAAUACGAUGGGCUCGUUUUGUGACGCUUAUUGGCUUUUACAUUAGUCUUUAUAUCCUCGUCUUUUCUGAUCAUGUUCGUGAUUUAGUUGGUGGACCAUUUUGGUCUCAUCUUUACUCUGCUACAUCCAUACCUGGUACUUGUGGUGAGCGUUGGUACAGUCAUGUUUUGUUAUACAGUCAUUUGAUGGCUAAUCCUGAUAAUUGGAAUCUCUGUAUGAUGCCUGAUUGGUUUCUUCAAGUUGAUUUUAUUCUGGCUUUCAUGUUUCUGCUUGUUCUUUGGCCUUUGCGAAUGUCUCAUAAACGCUUAUCCAUUUCAGUGGCAAUGUUUUUCAUAUUUUCAGGGUCUGUGAUACUUGGUUUGGUCAUUUAUUAUAAAUCAGCAUCACCAACUUGGUUACCUUACAAUUAUGUUAAUCAACAAUUAGCAGUAUACCUUGCUUAUGUUCACUCCCAACCAUAUACUCAUAUGAGUCCUUAUUUUAUCGGUGUAUUGCUUGCAUUUGUAUUACAAUCAAAGGAUCCAAUUAUCAAAAGAAAGAUACACUUACGCUUCAUGUGGCUUCUUUGGUUCAUAUUUAACACAAUUAUUUUUGGCUACGAAUUUUAUAUCAACUUCAAUAUUGGAACAAUGUCUUCUACUGUUUCCAUCAUAUAUGCCAGUUUUUCACGAAUCUUAUGGUCAUUCUUGUUUGCUUGGCCAAUUUAUUGUCUUCACUAUGGAUUCGUUCCUGAUGGCUUAUAUCGUUUCACUUGUUCUGGUUUCUUCAAACCCAUGGCGAGAAUCAAUCUGACGGUUUUGUUUAUGAAUGAAAUUAUCAUUCGAAUGCGAAAUGCUACACAAAUUUAUAUUGCCGAUCCAACAUUUUUCAAUACAUUCAUUAGUAUUGGUACUCCAGUCAUUGUGUUUACUUAUGCACUCUCGUUCAUCGUCUCAUCUAUGGUUGACGGCCCUUCAAUUAGUCUGGUUAAGAGUUAUUUAAAAAAGGAUGGUAAAUAUGAUGAAUAUCUGAAGAAGCCAAAUGUGAACUUAAACAACAAUUUAAUCAGCUCGACUCAACUAGAGAAGGAAAGUUCUAAAAAAGAUUGAGACAGAAUUCUUGAUCCAAUUUAAGGCUUAAUGCUAAUACUAAUGUUAAUACUUAAUGAUAAGGUAUUAAUAAAUUAGUUUUAUUUAAAAAGGAAAGAUCGCGCUUUUUAAAAUAUUAUAAUAUCUAUUACAUUUAUUAAAUAAUGACAACAAUUUAAA